UGUUCAGCCUGUUGUUUCCACAAGUUCUUUGUUGAUUUUUUUUUUUUGCUUUUCACUUUCCUCUGCUUCCUCUCACUUAGCCACUUGAGCUUGCACCAGUUGAAAGGACUUUAUUGGGGGGGAGAGAGCGCGCAAACAGCAGAAAGAAAGAGAAGGAACCGACGGAAGCCAUGCAAACAGUGAGUCGGCCCAGCGAUUUUCCUCAACAAGCCUAAUCUCUGACCAGCACAAAUUGUUUUUGACUCAUCCCUGGAGAGGUGCCCAAAGAAACCGGAUAGGACAGACCUCGAGGAGGAGAGUUUUGUUCAUCAUUCUGGCUGACAGGCAAGACAAGCAUCCAAGUUGUGGGUACAAGCCAAGAAAGAGUUAACAUUGAGAUAAAGUGGAGAAUCACACAAAUGUGAGUUGAAGCAGACAGAAGGGGUGAUGCUUAGAGGGACAAGAAAGUGAGGAGAAAAGUCAAACGAGAAGCAGCAACAACACAAAGACUGCCCACAGAGAAACGAGAAGUCUUGAGAGUAAGCUGCUCCAAGUCAGGUGGAGAGAAAGAGAAAUAGAACAAGUAGAAACAGAUUUUCAGAGCGAGGAUGGCCAACUCGGGUCUUCAGUUGCUGGGGUACUUUCUGGCGUUGGGCGGCUGGAUCGGCAUCAUCUCCACCACCGCGCUGCCCCAGUGGAAGCAGUCGUCUUAUGCCGGGGAUGCCAUCAUCACAGCUGUCGGUCUGUAUGAGGGGCUUUGGAUGAGUUGUGCGUCGCAGAGUACGGGACAGGUGCAGUGCAAGAUCUUUGACUCCAUGCUCUCGCUGGACAUCCACAUCCAGACAUGCCGGGCUCUCAUGGUGAUAUCAGUGCUCCUUGGCUUUAUCGGCAUCAUCGUCAGCGUCGUAGGGAUGAAGUGCACCAAGGUGGGAGAUAACAACCCGUCCACUAAAACCCGGAUUGCUGUCACCGGAGGAGCUCUCUUCCUGCUCGCAGGUCUCUGCACACUGGUGUCUGUGUCCUGGUAUGCCACUCAAGUGUCCUACCAGUUCUUUAACCCAAAUACACCGCUCAAUGCCAGGUAUGAGUUCGGCUCGGCUCUGUUCGUGGGCUGGGCCGCUGCCAGCCUGACCGUUCUGGGCGGCUCCUUGCUGUGCUGCUCCUGCUCUAAAGACGACAUGCGAGGGCAACAGUAUUACCGUCAAUCACAACCUUCCACAGCCAGGGAGGCAGAGUUGUUGAGUGAAACUAGUUUCCCUGACUGAUCAGCCCCGCCUUUUUAUCGAGGACUAUCUGACUGUCCAACCACUGAAUUCCCCUCUAUCGUUCCUGUCACAUUAUUGGCCCCAAAUUUGGACCUCUUGAUCAGGAUUCCCAUUUUCUUCCACCUUGCCAGUUUUAAUGGAAAAACGUAGGCUAGGUCUUCUUUCAUUUCACCACCUUUUGAGUCUUCAUUGUAAAUAGAAAUUGUUAAAAGAUACUUUUCUUUGAGAAGUAAGAAAUUAUCCCUGUCUAUGCCUUCCAUACCUCCCUUUGUGUCCUGUCGUUGGCUGAAGGUUAAGAAUGAAUUGAAACAUGACAUUGUGCUGAUUUGUGGUGUCGACUACAGUGAUCUCUAGGUGUUACAAAUGUGUCUUUCUGGUAUAAUUUGUUCUCUGUGACUGUAUUUUCACUGAAACAUGUCUUUUUUCCCCUCUGAAUUGCAGACCAAAUGUUAAAAGUACCCCACCAGAGAAAAGGGAGCAGUACUUGUAGUUGGGGAGAGUCUUCUGGCCUUGCCAUGGCUUAGAUUCUGUCAACAGGCUAAACCCUCCCAAAUGAGGAAUUGAAACCAGACAAGAAACAAAUUUCUGAACUGAACUCAAAACAAUUUGCAGCAGAAUAAUUUUCGGGGUUAUAGGAAGUGCUUGGGGAGGUUUGCAAAUUUUUGAAGUGUUAGGGGGCAGAGAAAUCAGAACCUUGUCUUUGUUGUUGACUUUGGGAGAGACACAGUCAUUCAGGGUAUGUUUUCUAUAACAUGUUAAAAUGCCUGGGUGUGUAUAUCACCUACUCCAUACUGUUUAAAAAAAAAAUACUACAUAUGUAAUAUUUUACUACAAUUCCUUAUAACAAGUUUGUGCAAAUGUAAUUGGUUAUGUAUUUGAUGAUAUGAACCCUUUCACUGUCCUUUCCUGUCUGAGUUGUGGAUGUCCUUUGCCAGUAGUUCUGUAUACCUUUUUUAUGUUGGAUUUCUAGGAAUGAAUAUGUAACUACUCUGCAGUAUCACUUAUGAACAAAAAUAAUAUUAGCAAAUAUGUGCUGUCUUAUGUCAUUGUUUUGAUGAAGAAUUUUUGCUUGUUGCCAAACUGCCUGGAUCACGGAUGAAUCAUUUCCCUUUACUGUGUCUGUCUUUAAGUUUUCAUCUGCAUAGGCUGUUGCUGACCAUAUCAGAAAAUGGAUGGAUGAACGAAUGACAGUGUCAUCAGUGUCUUGACCCCUAAAUGUAGAGAUGCAUUGAUCAAGCCUUUCCUGGCUGAUAGCGACUCAUAAAACUUUUGUUUGUGUCUUUGGGGUUGAUUUUAACUGACUAUAAGUCUUUGUUCUGAUCCCUGUGACACAUAAAAGAGAGAGUUCAUUGACAGAUAUAGUAAUUUAGUGGAUUUUUAGUUAGGUAUGUCCCAGUAAGGGUCACUCAAGAUAUCAUGGCACAAAACUGCGCAAUGUUAAAAUACCUUAACCUUUUCUUGUCAAAGUCAAGCAUCACGAAGUACAAAUUUGUUGGUGUUAUCACUUGACUUUGCCUGUGGAAGUAAGUCUAAGGGAUUAUUAUGAGCCUGGAUGUGAAGGUAAGUGCUUAAAGCUCGACAUCAUUUCCUAUGUUUUAAAGUCUGAUGUUGAAGUAAGGAGUGGAGCGGCUCCUAGUUUGGCCCUUCAUGUUUUCAGGGUUUGCUUACAGAAGGUUUGUCAGUCUGAUUGAUGACGCUCUUCCAGAUUGAAAGCCUCCUCCACUUUCAAACUAUUUGUGUUGCAGAUUUUUGGGCAGUCAAUAAUAAUAAUAAUAAAUUAUAAUAAAAGAAAUAAUGAGAGAUGGACAGAAGAAACACUGUGUUAGCUUUUAGCUAAAUUCUGUUGGCGCUCCACUAAAAGGACAGGGGGCCAGGGCCAGGGUGUAAUUUAGCUCACGCUGUCCCCCACAAGACGCCACCCUGGGCAGUUGCCCAUGUGCGUCCGUAUCAGAAAUUAAUUCAACGUCAUUAUUAAAAAUGCAGGUUUUACUGUUUGAGGAACACAAGAGCAAACAUUUUUACUUUUUAUUUAGAAUGAUUUUCAAGCUAGCCAAAGACUAGUUGACUUGUAACUAUGAGUACAAGUCAGACUGUGAGUACAAGUCAAAACAAAAAAGAAUAUUUUAACUGAUUAGAGAUUACUUCAAAACAUAUUUUGAUCUGUAAACAUAAAAAGAUGAAUUCUCAGUUCUCCAUAUUGUCUCAGCCAUGUUUUCUAACCUUUAUUUCAGUUUUAGUAAACUCAUAAAUACCAUUACAGUACAUGCAGUGUUUAUUGAUUAAAAAUUUAGACUUCUUAGUAAUCAUAGAUUUAAUGAAUAGGGAAAGAAUUAGAAAAUGUGUCGACCUUUGACGCUCAAAUUCCUAAUCUUAGCUGGAAAAUUGGCAGAUUUCCUUCCACGGCUGAUCAGUGCACCUCUACCUACAGGAUGUUCUGCUCUACCUGCUGUCCUGUGUACUAAGGAACACAAGUUUAUGCAAAUGCCUGACUGAUGCCUGCAUUUAUUUCCCCUGGCAUCCCUUUGUCUAAUAUUUACUUCUUUUACGUUGUGUAUUAUCUUAUUUACAGUAUACUCAUGUCUGUCUCCUAGAAUGAAGUAAACAGAGACAUAAAAUGAU